AUGGCUGUCCGUAUACCAGCAUCCCUGCACCGCAGCGGCCUUCGCCCUUACCUGGCUGAAUUCAUCGGUACACUUCUUCUCAUCCUCAUCGGCGACGGCGUAGUCGCCCAAGCCGUCCNNCUCACAGACUUCUACUACGCCAACUUCCUCUCUGUAAACUUGGCUUGGGCCUCUGCCGUCGCUCUAUCUUGCUACAUCGGCGCAGCAGUAAACCCAGCAAUCACUCUUGCAUCUGCCAUCAUUCGCCCCACCAAACUCCAAUGGCGCCAACUCACUGGCAAAAUCGCCGCUCAAUUUGCCGGUGCCUUUGUGGGAGCUGCUUUGGUAUACUUCCAAUACAGAUCUGCCAUCAAGAGCUGGGAUCCUGAAUUUACUGUUCCUGGAGGCAGUAUUUUGUCACCCCAGGGUCAUCAUUCUGCGGGUAUUUUUGCUACGUACCCGGCUGCGCACUUUGACAGCAAUUGGGAAGCUGCUGUCACGGAGUUCUUGGGAUCUUCGCUGCUUGCGUUUGGAGCUUCUGCUGUUGCAGAUUCGAAAAAUGAGGGGCUUAAGGCUCCGCAAUUCAUGAUGUUUGCUUUGAUGGUUGCUAUUGGUGCUUCUAUGGGUUGGCAGACUGGAUAUGUGAGUCACUCUUUCCCUCCUUUCACAUCUAUUCUCCACCGUCCCUACCUUCUACCAGAAUCUCAACGGAAAGCAUAUGCUGACAUAGUAUCACACAGGNCUGUCAACCCAGCCCGCGACUUUGGCCCCCGUGCCUUCUCAGCCAUCAUCUAUGGCCGCGAAGUCUUCUCCGCCAAGGGUUUUUACUUCCUGGUUCCUCUGUUUGUGCCUAUCUUUGGUUGCAUUGCUGGUGCUGCUGUGUACGAUGCUUUCAUGUUUGAGGGUGAGGGAUCGGCUGUUACUGAUGCUUUGGAUGCUGCCGAGGGCCAUGACGGAAGAAUCGCUUUGGAGUAA